AGAGGAAUAAAAAGGAAAAAACAGAAAAGAAAAAAGAAAAACAAAGGAGGUCAGGGCUUACCUUGCUAGAGCAGAGAGAGGGAAGGAGACGCUGAGAGAGAGAGAGAGAGAGAGGGAAGGAGACGCUGAUAGAGAGAGAGGGAAGGAGACGCUGAGAGAGGGAGAAGGAGACGCUGAGAGAGAGAGGGAAGGAGACGCUGAGAGAGGGAGAAGGAGACGGUGGCAGAGAGAGGGAAGGAGACGCUGAGAGAGAGAGAGAGAGAGAGGGAAGGAGACGCUGAUAGAGAGAGAGGGAAGGAGACGCUGAGAGAGGGAGAAGGAGACGCUGAGAGAGAGAGGGAAGGAGACGCUGAGAGAGGGAGAAGGAGACGGUGGGUCAGAGCAGGGGCUUACAUUUUUUCUAUUGGUUGUAAGAGAUAGUAGUGAUGGAUGCACCAGCUUUAGAUAUGGAUGCUCAGGUGCAGGGGAACGUACUGGAAACUGGAAAUGCAGGAUCUGGGUGGGCAGAAGACGGGGGUGUGGAAGUGGGAAUGAUUAGGCACCAGGUUGAUGAAGUGACCACUAAGGUUGACGAGCUCGAGCAAAGAGUGAUUGAGGUUGCUCAGUUUUACUCAUCCUCAAGUAAAAAGCAGCUCGGUAGUUUUAAAGGUAGCUCGAUUGUGAAAGAUCGGGAAAAGGAGAAGCAGAUCACAAGCAGUAAGAAGCAUCUUGAUCCAACUCGUAGCGAAGCUGCUAGUACAAAGAGAAUGCAAGAGCUCAUGCGUCUAUUUUCCACAAUAUUGCGCCAGAUCACACAACACAAGUGGGCUUGGCCCUUCAUGCAGCCUGUAGAUGUUGAGGGCCUUGGUUUACAUGACUACUAUGAGGUUAUUCAAAAGCCCAUGGAUUUUAGUACAAUUCGGAACCAGAUGGAAGCUAAGGAUGGGACUGGAUAUAAGAACGCGCGGGAAAUAUGUGCUGAUGUGAGACUGGUUUUCAAGAAUGCGAUGACAUACAAUGACGAUAGAAGUGAUGUUCAUGUAAUGGCCAAAACAUUGUUGGAUAAAUUCGAAGAGAAGUGGCUACAACUGUUGCCUAAAGUUAUUGAAGAGGAAACAAGACGAAAAGAAGAGGAAGCGGAGGCAAAUUUUGAUAUGCAGAUUGCUCAAGAGGCUGCUAAUGCAAAAAUGGAAAGGGAUAUCAGCAAUGAGCUUUAUGAGCUCGAUUUGCAUUUGGAGGAACUUAGAGAAAUGGUGGUCCAGAAGUGCAGGAAAAUGACUAUAGAAGAGAAGAGAAAGCUUGGAUCAGGCCUGAGCCGAUUAUCUCCUGAAGAUCUCAACAAACCACUGGAAAUCAUUGCUCAAAAGAAUCCAAGUUUCCAGGCGACAGCAGAAGAGGUGGACAUCGACAUGGAUGCUCAGAGUGAAUCAACACUGUGGAGGCUCAAGUUCUUUGUGAAGGGUGCAUUGGAAGCAAAGAGUUCUGCAAGCAAGAACCAGGACAACAAGCGCAAGCAGGAAAUAUGUGAUGCCAUUGCCAAGAAUGCAAAGAAACGGAGUAAAAAGCUCUCGACUUGAUAUAUUCACUUGCAUGUCAACCUGUUUAUUUAUUUAU